ACGCAAUUCCACUAUUCAGUCCGCCGAUCCCUCACAGUAUUCAAGAUGACGAUGUGUAUUUCGAAGAAUGUAUCACGGAAAUUAACAAAAGGCUAAGGGACUAUGGUACCUUAUACCCGGAUAGUUUGGAAGCCAUGCGUAAUGAGUACGUAGUUGCGAUACUCCAUACAGCUCUCCAUAUCUUCAGGGAUGAAACAAAAAAAGAAUUUAGCAUGAGGCUACAACAAGAAAUUAUCGGGGAAGAAAGUUCCGGGCGUGUCGAUUAUGCAAUUAAGGCAAGCGAAUCCGCCUAUACGAUCGAAUUUAACAAAAAAUCCUUGGAUAAGGACUCGGAAGAAUGUCAGGCUUUGCAUAAGAAUGUGAAAAAGGUUUUGGAAAUGAUUGUCGGAUUAUUAAAGGAUAGGGCAUGUGUUGAAAAAUCGCCAGCAAACGAUCAAGAAGUUCAUUUUUAUGAUA